GUUUGGAAUAUAAAAUUCGCAGUUACAUAUGCGCAGAUAAUAAAUUAAAGUGAGAUGGCAAUAUUGUGAUCAAAUAUAAAAUGCCAGAGUUCAAAAAUGUUAACUUGGUUAUGCAGAUUGUAUACGAGAGUAAUUAUCUCAAAAAGUGUUUAAAUGUUAUCAACUAACUACGAAAAUAAUUAUUACUUAAUCAGUUGGUGUUAAUAAUAAGUGUUGUUUUAUCUAUAUUCAAGUUUCUUGCAAAAUGACGGAUACAAACAAUAAAAAAAUUGGACAAAAUAGUAUUGUCCAACCUUUGUUAACUGAUUUAUACCAAAUAACAAUGGCAUAUGCUUACUGGAAAACUGGAAAAAUAAAUGAUCAAGCAGUGUUUGACUUAUAUUUCAGAAAAAAUCCAUUCCAAGGAGAAUUCACAAUAUUUGCGGGACUCGAAGAAUGUUUGAAAUUUCUUGAAAAAUUUCGGUAUUCCGAUAGUGAUAUCGAAUAUAUUAAACAAGUUCUACCAAGUUCAGUAGAAGAUGAAUUUUAUGAUUAUUUACGAACAAUUACAGCAGAUGAAAUACAAUUUUAUUCUGUUAAAGAAGGAACAGUUGUUUUUCCUAGAGUGCCUUUGAUAAGAAUAGAAGGACCUCUUGUUAUAGCCCAACUAUUGGAGACUACUUUGUUAAAUUUAGUUAAUUAUGCGAGUUUGAUGGCUACAAAUGCAGCCCGCUAUAGAUUAGCAGCAGGAAAACUGCAAUUAUAUGAAUUUGGUCUAAGAAGAGCACAAGGACCUGAUGGUGGUUUAUCAGCCUCUAAAUAUGCGUAUAUUGGUGGUUUUGAUGGAACUAGUAACGUCUUAGCUGGAAAGUUAUUUAAUAUUCCAGUAAAAGGUACACAUGCACAUUCUUAUAUAACUUCAUUCAAUUGUUUGGAUAAUUUGAAUACUACAUUAUUAGUUCCAAAAAAUGGGGGAAGUGCUAAGAACUUUUUAGAGAGUGUUCUAACUUGGAGGACAUCUGUAGCUAAAAUAUUCCAUGUACUUUUAUCAGAAGUUAAUGAUGGUGAACUAGCUGCUUUUGUAUCAUUUGCUUUGGCAAUGCCUAAUGGUUUUAUGGCACUAGUAGAUACUUAUGAUGUUAAAAGAAGUGGCUUAAUAAAUUUCUGUGCUGUUGCAUUAGCUUUACAUGAUUUUGGUUACGAAGCUAUAGGUGUAAGACUUGAUAGUGGAGAUUUAGCUUACCUAUCAGGUGUUGCAAGAGAAUAUUUUAAAAAAAUAUCAUCAGAAUAUAAUCUGCCAUAUUUUAGUAAAUUAAAUAUCUUGGCAUCAAAUGAUAUAAAUGAAGAAACUAUAAUAAGUUUGAAUGAACAGGGCCAUUGCAUAGACUCUUUGGGUAUUGGAACUCACCUGGUUACUUGUCAAAAACAACCUGCAUUGGGAUGUGUGUACAAAUUGGUUGAACUAAAUGGGGAACCAAGGAUUAAACUUAGUCAUGAUGUAGCUAAAGUAACCAUUCCUGGAAAGAAGAAUGUAUACAGACUUUAUGGAAAUACUUUCUCCCUUAUUGAUCUUUUACAAACAGCAGAAGAAAGUCCCCCAACAAUGGAACAAAAAGUUUUAUGUAGGCAUCCCUUUGAGGAAUCAAAAAGGGCGUACGUUAUACCUUCAAAAGUUGAAACUUUGUUGGUAUUGCAAUGGGUAAAUGGUAAAAUAUUAAGACCUCUACCAACUCUUCAAGAAAUCAAAGAAAAUGUGAAUAGAUCUUUGAAGAUUUUAAGACCUGAUAUUAAGAGAAGCUUAAACCCGACGCCUUACAAAGUUUCAGUGAGUGAUAGUUUAUAUCAUUUUUUACAUAAGUUGUGGUUGGAUAAUGCUCCUAUAGGAGAGUUAUCUUGAUAUGGUUGAUUUACUUUUUCAUUCCAAUUUGUUACUAUUGUAUGGUAUGAAGGAGUACAAAAUUUAACACUUUAAGUACAAAUUGUUCAUUGACUUUGACACAGGAACAAAUUAAUACCUAAACGAAAAGUUGUGGUAGAGUACCUCAAAAAUUUGAGCCUCAUUUUGUUAAAUAUAGGUAUUGAGCUUGGUUUAUUGCUGAGGACUGCAAUUAGAAAUUCGGUGAACCGUUUAAAACUUAAACUUACCCAGUGAUAAGUAGUUGAAUAACAAUUUAUCUUUAUUGUUGUCAAAAUAUUUUAUAUCCUCAAUUAUUACGUUGUAAUUUUGUUAAAUAUUUUGAACAUGAAUUAUUAAAUAAUUACUUGUGAUUUCAUAAUCUACUGAAAAAUGUAGAUUUAUAUAAUAUUUACUUAAUUUAUUGAUAUGAGACAUAUUUAUAUCUAUUAUAUAACAAAAGAAUUGAGGUAAAAGCACCAAAGAAAUUUCCAGUGAAUUGUAUAGUUGAAUAGUAUCUUAAAUGUUUAAGUCCAGUACUUCACAUUAUAUAUAGUGUAGAACGUGUAUUACACUGCUCAACAAGAUUUUUUUGUCGCACGUAAACUCAUACCAAAUUUUGAUUGUCACUGGACUAUGGACACCAAAUAAUAAUAUAUGAGUGGAAAAAAAUUGGUUUCUUUGUGACAUUGAGACAUAUAUUUUUAUAAAAAGUACAAAAACAACUUAGAAAAAAUAUUCCUUAAUUUACAAUACAUAGCUAUGAUUUUCAUGAAUGUUUGGCCUCUGGUAGGUCAGAUUUAAGUCUCCAACAGUAAUCUGCUGGCAUUCCUGGACUUUUUUCCUUGAUAGCGCUUUUCUCGGGAAAGAAAUCCAGAUUGACGUGCAGGAUAUGUAUUUUUCAAGACAUAUUACAUCCCAAUGCUUUGUAAGAAAUUAUAAGCUCAUCGAUUAAAAGUCUUUGUAAUUUUCCGCUUCACGAUUUCCUUGGAAACUUUGAACUACAUUUCCAGGCGAUUUUGCUUCAAAGUUUGUAUCCUUCAUUAUUUCCCAUACUUGUAGUUCAAUGAAUAUUCUCUAUUCAAAUUUACUGCCAUCUUCAGACAUAGCUUUGACAAAAUUUUUCAUCAGGCCGAGCUUUAUAUGAAACAAUGGUAAAAGAAUGUCGUCAGAGUUCACUAAAGGAUCAUUUUUAACAUUUACUUGCCCUGGAAAAAGUGAUCCACGCUUAGCCCAUCUUUGCAUAGUGACUUUUUCUGUCUCUGCUGUCUCAAAUGAAAUGAAACAAUAUUUUUUGUGUAACCAAGCUGUAGCCCAAGCAAAAGAGCAAUGACUUUAAAAUAUCCACAAAUUUUCAAGUAAGUCGCUUUCAGCUUGUAAGGAUUUAUACAACGAUGUCUUCUUGCAAGCCAAUAGAAUGUGGAGUGCCUCAAGGUUCAGUACUAGGCCCUAUUUUGCUUCUCUGUUUAUAAACGACUUCGCUUAUCUAGACAUCAGUGAUGAAAUAAGUCUUUUUGCAGACCAUAUCUAGUGACCUAAUCACCCUUAAAUCAUUGUACGAUUCUAAUCUUCUGUAUCACAAUGUUUCUAAAACUAAAAUUUUAUCAUAUAAAAAUGCAUUGCAGACUUUUUUUAUUAAAUUCCUUGAAAUGGGAGUUACAUAUUGCGGUCUUAUCUAAAAAAUUAAGUUCCUCCUGUUUUGCGCUGAAAUCAGCUUCCAAGAACUGGACUUACCCACCUCCUUAAUAGUUUAUUAUCCCCUUAUUGAGCCGUAUCUCCGUAUUUUCAUAUUGUCAUGACUUGAUAAAAAUAAAAUUUUUAUAUUGUACAUUCCAUAAAGCAUUCAAAUUUAAUGAUAGUAGAUAUAAUUUUGACUUUGAGAAAAUAAACACGCAAGUUUUGUAUCCAAUUUCUAAUACAUUCAGCUCAAAAAACUGUAAUUUAGAUUGUUCUAGGUCCAAAAAGCUUGUAAUACUAAAGAUGUAUAUUUAAUUAUGAUAAUUAUAAGAAUAAGUAUGUUGGGAAAUAAUAGUUUAUCUGGUUUCUGAUAGUUUAGGCGCAAUUUUACCACUGGGAAUUAAACUAAUGUUUAAACUAUGAAUAAAACUUUAGUUUAAGUCAAUAAUAAACAAAGUUGCGCUAUUUUGCAAGUCACAGUUGAACCUCCUUGAAAUUGCUUUAUUGGUUUUGACUUUUUUAUGGAAGGUGUAUCAACAAAAAAGAUUCAACUUCUCAGACGAUGAGGUGAUACUUUUGAUCAACAUCUUCGUAACCGAAUUAAGGCAGCUGCUAACUAAAAUUCUAUUUACCUGCUAAUACUGCAUUAGCAUCAAGUAAAUUGAUAGUGUUGAUUAUUCUUCUUCAUCGUCGUCAAGUGCAAAUAGUCAUUUUAACAAAACUACUCAAUAUAAUAUCGGUAAAGUACCGAAGUAUGUCGGUCCAUCUAUAAAACGUGCAAAAGUGAAUAUAACUGUAGUUUAAACAGACGUUUUAGGUUAAAAGUUCACUUGUAAAAUUGCAUAUAAAAGAUUAUGCUUUAAUCCUAAAGUAAUUGAAGUAUCGUGAAAUAAUGCAAAGUAAUUAUUUCUCAUCUAUCAACACUUGAACAAACUCCCUUACCUUGCUCUCUGUAUCUUUGAUAUUAAGUCUAUGAUCGAAUGUCGAGAAAUCGAUAUUAACACCAAUUGAUACCAUCUAUUCCUAACCUCUCUGGUAAACAAUGUUAAUUGGAAAGCCUGCUCUAUAAACGAGAGUAAAGCUCGGUUUAUGCAGCCAAAAUUAACAUUAAACUGAACUUUCUUGUUGGUAAUUUUUUGGUUUAUGCAGUAAAUUAAGGAUAAUUAUAAAUUAAUUAGAAUGCUGAAGUUUGCAUUGACUAUCGUCUUCCAUUUGGCGGUGGGUCAGAUAUAGUUUGGGCGGGAAUCACUGCACAAGAUCGUACAAAGUUGGUACCUCUCACAGGUACAUUACGUAGGUGCUAGAAGACCAUGUUAUGCCUUUCAUGGUGACUAUGGGGGAACAUAGCGUUUUUAUGCAAGAUAAUUUGAGACCACAUACAGCCAGAAUUGUCAGGGGGUAUCUGGAUGAUGUAGAAAUUAGGUGGUUUGACUGGAUAGCCCGCAGCUCAGACAUGAAUCCCAUAGAACCUGUCUGGGACGAUUGAUCCGCAGACACACACCAAGAACUGCCCAGGAGCUGAGAAAAUUGCUGUUGCAGGAAUGGGAUAACAUCGACCAGAAUGUGAUUCGCAACUUAAUUCAAAGUACGACGCGACGACUUCAAGCAGUCAUCAAUGCAAGAGGAGGGAAUACUCAUUAAGUCCAAAAAAAGCUUUAGUAUAGAGUAUCACAUUCAGCUUAUAAAAGCACAUGCAAUGAUGUACAAUUGGCGAAUAUAUACUAUCUGAAAACGUAAAAUUUCAAAGAACAUGAAACCUCAAUUCUUUGCUUGCUAG